AUGGCAACUCAGGAGCAGUACGUGGAAACGCCAUGCCACAGACGCUUUUUCUUCGUCGGUGGCGUCUACGUCGAAGACACAGCGACUCACUUCGGAGGAUACACACUGAAAGACCAGACCUACGUUGAAUGCCUUACACCUAUUGGCGGGGCUCGACGCGAGUUCCCAAUUGUCUUGAUCCAUGGAGGUGGUCAGAGUGGCAUGAACUGGCUCCAAACACCGGAUGGCCGAAAAGGCUGGGCUUCCUUUUUCCUCGAUCAAGGAUAUGAACUUUACUUGAUAGAUACGGCAUCAAGAGGACGGUCUGCUAUGGAUCUCACGCAGAACUAUAUUCAGUAUCCGACGGGUAUGGCAGAGGAUUUCUGGACCUGCACGAAAGCAGCCGCGAAAUGGGCGCAAGCGAAGUUGCACAAUCAAUGGCCAGGGACAGGCAGACGUGGUGACCCUGUGUUCGACCAGUACUAUGCCACCAUUCUGCCGAGUGCCGUUGAUCUAGUUGCGUAUCAACAAGCACAAAAGGACGGAGUUUCUGCGCUUCUGAAGAGAAUUGACCGCCCCAGUAUCCUUUUGAUCCAUUCACAGGGUGCUCCUGGUGGCUGGCUUGCGGCUGAUGCAUUUCCUCACUUGGUCAAGGCAAUUGUCGCGGUCGAACCAAAUGGACCUCCUUUUGCGGGAACGCAUCCGCACAAUGGAUCUGCAGCAAGGUCGUGGGGCUUGACUGACAUCCCGAUGGAGUUCUCCCCUGCGAUAUCAGGCCCGUCAGAAUUACACCUCACAACGAUUCCUUCCACUGAAGAUGGGAAGGAGGCAGUCGUUCUCCAGGAUGAGAGUCACGGGCGGACAGUACACAAGCUCAAAAACUUAGAAAGCAUACCUGUGCUGAUCGAGAUGGGUGAAGCAAGCUACCACGCCGGUUUCGAUCAUGCCACUGUUGCAUUCUUAAGACAAGCAGGGGUGUCUUGUGAUUUUAUCAAACUAGAAGACAUCGGUAUCCAUGGCAAUGGGCAUAUGCAGAUGCUGGAGCUAAAUAAUCUUCAAAUUGCAGCAGUACUACAUAGGUGGAUAGAAGACAAGCUCUAUACCUGA